UUCCGUGAAGAGACUCGAGAGGAGCCUAAGGAAGAGCCCGAGAAGAUCAGGAAAUGGAGAGAAGACCAGAACAGACUCCUCGAGGAGAAGGACAGGGAUGAGAGCAAACGCAAAGAGGAACUCAAGCAGACCGCCAAACAUGAACUCGAGGAAUGGUAUGCGAGAUACGCGGAACAGUUGGAAAAGUCUAAACUUAAUAAUAGAAAUGCUGAGAAGGAAUGGGUAGCCGAGAGGGAUACGGAGGUUGCGGGUCAGGAGUGGGAGAAAAUCGCGCGGAUGUGUGACUUCAACCCGAAGUCGACCCGAAAUACGAAAGACACGACAAGAAUGCGAUCAAUACUUUUACAGCUCAAACAAAGUCCGCCGACGGGUCAGAACAGCAAAUCAUAAAUCAUAUGAAAUUAAACUAAUCUUAUAAUUAAGUAAAUAAUAAUAAACUUUAGGAUUACAUAUGAAUAUAAUUUACAAAAAAAUGGCAAAACGUAAAACAUUUGGUUGAGUUUUAUUUGACGUUAAGUCGAUUACAAAAACGCAAUUAUUAUAAAUAAUUAUAAAUACUAUAAAUAUUUAAAAAUUUGAUUAAAAUGUUUUGAAUACUACGGCAGAAGUGGUUUAAGUGUUUAUUUUAUACCAAUAUAUCUAUUAGAGAG